AUGAGUGGAGGAAAAUACGAUUAAGUCUUGGAAGACAAGUAUGCAGCGAGAUCAGCUAACUUUAAAAAUGAGCCUGCAAUCCCAGUUUAAUCAAAGAAUGGACCUACAAAUUCUCUAGAUUAGUUUUAAACUCUCUAGAAAGAUGUCUUAACAAGUGAUGUAGAAAAAUAAAAGUAAUUAGCAGCUUUAAACAAGCCAAAAGGACUAAUCCAGAGAAAGAUGGAACGAAUCUUUGGUGCAGUAGGUGAUGUGAAGACAAUGUUUUUGCAAGGAUUCAAGAUGGGAUUCAUUGUUGGAGGUAUCUUUGGAGGAUGUAUGGGAACAUACUAUGCCGUAGUGUACAGACAACUGAUGUAUAUUCCAAUGAGUGCUAUCGGUUCAGGAGGUUCUUUCGGAUUUUUCAUGGGCAUCGGUAUGAUUAUGAGAUCUGAAAUGGAAGGACUUCCAGACGAAGAGAAAUAAUCUAAAGAGAGUGUAUAGUAAUAGAAUGAUUAGUAUCAAAUUACUUAGUUCAACCCUUAGACUAGACAGAUAGAAAUCAUUCCAAUGUAUAAAAGAGGAUACUAAAAUAUCAUCUGA